AUGAAGAUUCCCGCCUCGGAUUCGGUGAAGCGGGACGAUUUAAACGACGCGGUGCAAAAGUUCCACGUGGCGAUGGAGGAGGCGAUCGUGUUCGUGGACAAGCACAAGAAGAACUUCGCGAAGGAGAUGAACAACGCCAUCUUAGAGCUGGACGAGAACAUGUUCGCGGUGCAGAGCACGUUAAACACGGGCGUGUUCAUCGAACGCGACUCGGACGCGCAGCUCGUCGUGGACGAGUUACAAAAGUGCAAGACGCUCAUCGACGGGUACAAAGUCCGCGUCGCGACGAUGCAAAAGUACCAAGGCUUGUUCGAGACCCCGGUCGGGACGUUCAGCAACUUGGAGUUCGCGACGAAGGAGUACGACACCAAGUACGAAUCCUGGGGUGGACUGCACGGCUGGCAGACGACGAUGAACUCGUGGAUGACGUCCCCGACGCCGUCGCUCGAGCUCGAAAAGAUUGUCAGCACCGUGGACGACGUCUACACCGGCGCGUACAAGCUCCUGAAGCUGCGCAGGGACGAUCAGGUCGUCAUGCGCACGCGCGAGGAGAUCGAGGCGUUCCGGAAGUACCAGCCGCUGUUGCAAGAAGUUGCGAACCCGGCGCUGCAGCCGCGUCACUGGGAGAAAAUUUUCGAAGUCUUUGGCAAGGUGUACGACGAGGCGAACCCGUGCUCGUGCCAAGAUUUGAUCGACAUGGGCGUCCUGGAUAAGUUCGAGAAGCUCGAAGCCAUCGGCGCGACGGCCUCGAAGGAGUUCUCGCUCCUGAAGACCCUCGAGAAGAUGAUCGCGGAGUGGGACGGCGUCGACUUUCGGUGCAUCGCGUACAAGGACACCGGGACGUUCAUCCUCGGCGGCGCCGAGGAGGUGCAGGCCAUCUUGGACGACCAGAUCGUGAAAGCGCAGGGCAUGUGCGCGUCGCCGUUCGUGAAGCCGUUCAAAGAAGACGCGGUCGAGUGGAGCAAGACGCUCAACACGCUUCAGGAUUUGUUGGACAAUUGGCUGAAGUGCCAGUCCACGUGGCUGUACUUGGAGCCCAUCUUCUCCUCAGACGACAUCGUGAAGCAGAUGCCGGAGGAAGGGGACAAGUUCCGGCAGGUGGAUCAGGAGUGGCGGGACAUCAUGACCGCGACGUCGCAAGAGCCCGGGGUGAUCGCGAUCGGGCGGGACGUCGAUCGUCUGGACCGCCUGGAGGAGUGCAACGUCCUCCUCGACGCGAUCCAGAAGGGCCUCAGCGCCUACCUCGAGAAGAAGCGUCUGUUUUUCCCUCGCUUCUUUUUCCUCUCCAACGACGAGAUGCUCGAGAUCCUCUCCGAGACGAAAGAUCCGACGCGCGUGCAGCCGCACUUGAAAAAGUGUUUCGAAGGCGUCGCGAAGUUGAAGUUCGACGAAGAGGGCGAGUACGACAUCCUCGCCAUGGUCUCCGAGGAGAAGGAGGAGGUGCCCUUCAACAACAUCAUCUCCACCGCCGCGGCGAACGGCGCGGUGGAAAAGUGGCUGCUGCAGGUUGAAAAAGCGAUGUUCGACUCAAUUCACCACGUCACCGGCGAGGGUUUGAAAUCGUACGAGCUAAAACCGAGAGACGAGUGGGUCCUGGACUGGCCCGGGAUGGUCGUCCUCGUGUGCACGGCGGUGUACUGGACCAAAGGGGUGACGGAGGCGAUCACGAAGGGACAGACGAAAAAGUACGAAGAGAUGUGCACCUCGGAUCUUCUUAAAGUAGUCGACCGCGUGCGCGGCGAGCUGACGUCGUUGCAGCGGAAAACCCUCGGCGCGCUCGUCGUCAUGGACGUCCACGCGAGAGACGUCGUCGCGAAGUUGGCCGAGAAGGGGGUGUCCAGCGCGACGGAUUUCGACUGGCAAGCGCAGUUGCGGUCCUACUGGGAAGAGGACGAGACGGGCGAGCGCGACUUCACGACCAUCAUGCGCAUCAUGUCCGCGCAGGUGGAGUACGGGUACGAGUAUUUAGGGAACUCGUCCCGUUUAGUCAUCACGCCGUUGACGGACCGGUGCUACCGAACGUUGAUGGGCGCGAUCCACCUGACGUUAGGCGGCGCCCCCGAGGGCCCCGCGGGGACGGGCAAGACGGAGACGACGAAGGACCUCGCCAAGGCGCUCGCGCGGCAGUGCGUCGUGUUCAACUGCUCGGACAGCAUGGACUACAUCCAGAUGGGGAAGUUCUUCAAAGGCCUCGCGUCGAGCGGCGCGUGGGCGUGCUUCGACGAGUUCAACCGGAUCGACCUCGAGGUUUUAUCCGUCGUCGCGCAGCAGGUGCUCGAUAUUCAACGCGCCAUCGCGGCGCAAGUCACGUCGUUCGUGUUCGAAGGCACGGAGAUUGGUCUGAAGUACAGCGCGUGGGCGUGCAUCACGAUGAACCCGGGCUACGCCGGUCGUUCCGAGCUUCCGGAUAACCUGAAAGCUCUGUUCCGCACGGUCGCGAUGAUGGUCCCGGAUUACGCGAUGAUCGGCGAGAUCAUCCUGUACUCGUUCGGGUAUCUCGAAGCGCGAGACUCGGCGACGAAAAUUGUGCAGUGUUACAAGCUCUGCUCCGAGCAGCUGUCGUCGCAGGAUCACUACGAUUACGGCAUGCGCGCGGUCAUGGCGGUGCUCCGAGCCGCGGGUAACCUCAAGCGACGGUACCCGGAAGAGGACGAGCACGUGCUCAUGCUCCGGUCGAUCAUCGACGUGAACCUUUGCAAGUUUCUCUCGCAAGACGUCCCGCUGUUCCAAGGCAUCAUCUCCGAUUUAUUCCCGGGGGUCGAGUUACCCAAGUCGGACUACACGAAGAUGGAGACCGCGAUGCACGAGGCAUGCGCGGAGAUGAACCUCCAGCCGGACCCGUACUUCUUCCUCAAAACGACGCAGCUGUACGAGAUGAUCGUCGUGCGUCACGGCCUCAUGAUCGUCGGGCAGCCGUUCAGCGGCAAGACGUGCUCCUAUCGCGUCCUCGCGCGCGCGCUCUCCAUCAUGGCGGAGCGCGGCGAGGAAGGACAGGUGAAGUGCGAGUUCGAGUGCGUGAACCCGAAGUCGAUCACGAUGGGUCAGCUGUACGGACAGAGCGACCCGCAGACGCAGGAGUGGCAGGACGGCGUCCUCGCGGUGGUGUACAAGCGACUCGCGCACGACCCGAGCCCGAACCGGAAGUGGUUCAUGCUGGACGGCCCCGUCGACGCGAUUUGGAUCGAAAACAUGAACACGGUGCUCGACGACAACAAGAAGCUGUGUCUGAACAGCGGCGAGAUCAUCGCGAUGAGCAACGUCAUGAACAUGAUCUUCGAGGUGGCGGACCUCGCGGUCGCGUCCCCCGCGACCGUCUCCCGGUGCGGGAUGGUGUUCCUCGAGCCGCACCAGCUCGGGUGGCGGCCGCUGUGUUUGUCGUGGCUCAACACGUUUCCGGAGACGAAGUGGUUCAACGAGGCGUUUAAAUCGCGCGUCCUCGCGCUGUUCGACUGGCUCGUCCCGGUGUCGAUCCGUUUCUUGAAGAGGGAGAUCAAGGAAGUCGCCGCGACGACGGACGAGGGCACGAACGUGGUCGUCAACUUGAUGCGAACGUUCAAGUCCCUCCUGAUCGUCCCGCUCACGGAUCCGAAGGGUCUCGUGAAGGAGAUUCCCGUCAAGGAGCCCGGGGCGUUCGACGCGCACAUCGACAGCGUGUUCAUCUUUUCCCUCGCGUGGUCCAUCGGCGGCAGCGCGGCGACGAACGAGGGCAGGGCCGCGUUCGACGAGUUCUUCCGCACCGCGUACGCCGGCGAGAAGUACAUCUUAGCGGAGGACAUCCCCGCCGGGCACGUGACGACGACGACGCCGGCGCCGCCGGCGUCCAUCGGCGAAGGCGACGGGGAAAUCAAGACGACCAUCUACGACUUCCGGUGGGACAUCGAGAGCUCCUCGUGGGUGCCGUGGGAGGACAUGGUGGACAAGACCGCGAUCCCGGACGACGCGGCGUUCAAGUCGAUCAUCGUCCCGACUGUGGACACGGUUCGGUACUUGUAUCUCGCCGACCUCGCGAUUCAAAACGACUCGCCGAUUUUGUUCUGCGGCCCCACCGGCACGGGGAAGUCGGUCUACAUGCAAGGGCACUUGCUCAAGAUGGACCCGGAGCUGUACGCGCCGCCGAACUUCGUCGGGUUCAGCGCGAAGACGAGCGCGAACAUCACGCAGCAUCUGAUCGACGCCAAGUUGGACAAGCGUCGGAAGGGCUACUUUGGCCCGCCCAUCGGCAAGCGCAUGGUCGUCAUGGUCGACGAUCUGAACAUGCCGCAGAAGGAGACGUACGGCGCGCAGCCGCCGAUCGAGUUGCUCCGGCAGUUCAUGGAUCACGGCGGGUGGUACGACAGAGAGAACACGUUCCGAAACAUGCAGGACGUGCUCUUCGUCGCGGCGAUGGGACCCCCCGGCGGCGGCCGAGCGCCGAUCACGCAGCGGUACCAGCGUCACUUCAACAUGCUGUCGAUCGUGGAGUUUGACGCGAAAGCGCUCGAGCACAUCUUCGGGACGAUCCUCGGGUGGUUCUACAGGGUGAACAACUUCCCCGAGGAGGUUUGCGCGCUCAAGAAGAAGAUCAUCGACGCGACGUUGCAGGUGUACACGUCCUCCAUCGCCAAGCUGCUUCCGACGCCGGCCAAGUCGCACUACACGUUUAACCUCCGCGACGUCUCGCGCGUGAUCGAAGGUCUCACGCUGCAAAAAGCGGAAGGCCUCGAGACCGGGCUCGGAGGCAUCGGCGAGCACUACCGCCUGUGGGUGCACGAGACGAUGCGCGUGUUCUACGACCGCCUCGUCGACGACGACGACCGGACGUGGAUCCUCGGGUACAUCAAAGAGCUCACGAUUUCGAACUUUGACCAAGAUUUCGACAAGCUGUUCGACCACCUCGAUUUCGAUAACAGCGGCGACGUCGACGCGGAGGAGCUCCGGCACUGCAUGUUCGGCGAUUACAUGGGCGACGACGAGCCGGACUCGCAGGGUGGCAAUCGUCUGUACGACGAGAUCACCGACAUGUCUGAGGUUGUGCACCGCCUGGAAGAGUACCUCGUCGAUCACAACGGAGUUUCGAAAUCGCCGAUGAAUCUCGCGAUGUUCUUGUACGCCGCGGAGCACGUGUCGAGGAUUUGCCGCGUUUUGAAACAGCCCGGCGCGCACAUGCUGUGCGUCGGCGUCGGCGGGUCCGGACGCCAGUCCCUCUCGCGGCUCGCGUCGUUCAUCAUGGGCAUGGAGUGCUUCCAGAUUGCCAUCUCGAAGAGUUACACGACUGUCGAGUGGAAGGAGGAUUUGAAGAAAUUUUGCCGCGAAGCCGGCGGAAGCGGGAAGCCGUGCGUGUUCUUGUUCUCGGACACGCAAAUCAAGGAAGAAUCCUACGUCGAGGACAUCAACAACCUUCUGAACAGCGGCGAGGUCCCGAACUUGUUCCCGUACGACGAGCGCACGGCGGUCAUGGAGCAAUGCCGCGUCGCGUCCAAGAAGGAGGGGAACCCCCUCGAGACGCCGACGGAGCUGUGGCAGUACUUCAUCGAAAAGUGCCGCGCGAACUUGCACGUGAUUCUGUGCUUCUCCCCGAUCGGCGAGGCGUUCCGCGAGCGCUUGCGGCAGUUCCCGUCGCUCGUGAACUGCUGCACGAUCGAUUGGUUCAGGGAGUGGCCGAACGACGCCCUGGAGGCGGUGGCGAACAAGCAGCUCCAAGACGUCGACGUCCCCGCGGAUGACCGAGUGAAACUCCGCGAGAUGUGUAAGACGUUCCAUAGCUCCGUCCGCGAGCUCUCGGCAGAUUAUUUGCUCAAAGAAGGACGGCAUAACUACGUCACGCCGACGUCGUACUUGGAGCUCCUCACGAUGUUUACGUCUCUGCUCGCGAAGCAACGCGAACGCGUCAGCUCCGCGAAGAAGCGGUACGAAAUCGGUUUAGAGAAGCUCGCGUUCACCGCGGCGGCGGUGAAAGAGAUGCAGGACGAGCUCACGGCGCUUAAACCUAACCUGAUACGCACCGUCGCGGAGACGGAAGAGCUGAUGGAGAAGGUGAAGAAAGAGAAAGCCGAGGUCGUCGAGCCGAAAAAGGCGAUCGUGGACGAGGAAGUCGCCGCCGCCGCCGCCAAGGGAGAAGCCGCCGGCGAGGUGAAAGCCGAGUGCGAAGCCCUCCUCGCGGAGGCGAUCCCGGCGUUGAACGCCGCGCUCGAAGCCUUGGACACGAUCAAACCCGCGGAUAUCAAGCUCGUGCAGUCGUUCAAGAACCCCCCGGCCGCGAUCAAGCUCGUCAUGGAAGCCGUGUGCGUGUGCCUGGACGUGAAACCCGCGAAGAUCCCGGACCCGGCGGGCACCGGGAGAAAAAUCGACGAUUAUUGGGGCCCGUCCAAGCUCCUGUUGGGUCAGCCGACGUUCGUGCAGUCGCUGAAGGAGUACGACAAGGACAACAUCCCGGAGAGGAUCAUCGAAAAGAUUCGAGAAAAAUACAUCGCGAACGAGGACUUCACCCCCGCGAACGCGGCGAAGGCGUCCAGCGCCGCCGAGGGCCUGUGUAGGUGGGUGUGCGCGAUGGACUCGUACGAGAAAGUCGCGAAAAUCGUCGGCCCGAAGAAGGAAGCGCUCGCCGCCGCGGAGGCGGAGUACAACUCGAUCAUGGACGCGCUGAAGGUGAAGCAAGACGAACUAGACGCCAUCUUAGCCGCGCUCGCGGGGAUGGAACAACAGCUCGAGGACUCCAUGGCGGAGAAGAAACGUUUAGAGGACGAGGUUGAGCUGUGCACGAUCAAGCUCGAACGCGCGGAGACGCUCAUCAACGGCCUCGGCGGCGAACGCGACCGGUGGACGGUGAGCGCGUCUGAUUUAGGCGUCGCGUACGAUAACCUCACCGGAGAUAUGCUCAUAUCCGCGGGGAUGAUAUCCUACUUGGGGACGUUCACGAUGGCGUUCCGAGAGGGCAUAGCGAACGACUGGGUCAAGGCGUGCAAGGACGCGGGGAUUCCGAGCAGCGCGAAGUAUUCGCUCAUCAACUGCCUCGGCGACCCGGUGGCGAUUCGCGAGUGGGGGAUCGCGGGUUUACCGAACGAUUCCUUCAGCGUGGACAACGGGAUCAUGAUCGCGAACGCGCGUCGAUGGCCGCUGAUGAUCGACCCGCAAGGUCAGGCGAACAAGUGGGUGAAGAACAUGGAAAAGUCGCACAACCUCCAGGUGAUAAAACUCACGGACGGAGACUACCUGCGAACGCUCGAAAACGCGAUUCAGUUUGGUCUCCCGGUGCUUCUCGAAAACGUCGGCGAAGAGCUCGACCCUUCGCUCGAGCCUCUCUUACUGAAGCAGCUGUUCAAGUCCGGCGGCGUGAUGUGCAUCAAGCUCGGAGACUCGAUCAUCGAGUUUAGCGACCAGUUUCGGUUCUACAUCACGACGGCGAUGCGUAACCCGCACUACCUCCCGGAGACGGCGGUCAAGGUGACGCUGUUGAACUUUAUGAUCACCGUGGACGGUCUCUCCGACCAGCUUCUCGGCGUCGUCGUCGCGGAAGAGCGCCCGGACCUCGAGUCGCAGAGACAAGAGCUCGUCGUCGCGUCCGCGGAGAACAAGCGAAGGCUUCAGGAGAUCGAGGACCGGAUCCUUCACACGCUGUCCUCGUCCGAGGGGAACAUCUUAGAAGACGCGAAAGCGAUCGAGGUUUUAUCCGAGGCGAAGGUGGUGUCCGUUGAAAUUUCGGAGAAGCAAAAAGUCGCGGACGCGACGCAGAUCGAGAUCGACGAAGCGCGCGAAGGGUACAAACCGUGCGGCGCGUACAACAGCGUGUUGUUCUUUUGCAUCCGAGACCUCGCGAACAUCGACCCGAUGUACCAGUACUCGCUGUCGUGGUUCAUCUCGUUGUUCGUGCGGUCGAUUCACGGCAGCGACAAGGAAGUGGAAGAGCUCGGCGCGCGUCUGAAGAUUAUCAACGAACACUUCACGUACGCGUUGUACAACAACGUGUGCCGGUCGCUGUUCGAGAAGGACAAGCUCCUGUUUGCGUUUUUGUUGGACUGCCGGAUCAUGUCCAGCGAGGAUCGCCUCCCGGCGAACGAGUAUUCGUUCCUUCUCACCGGCGGCGUCGGCGUCACCGGAAAAGAAGUCUCUCAGCCCGCGGAGGAGUGGAUCUCGCCGAAGAUGUGGGGAGAAAUCACGCGACUCGCGUCCGUCGCGGAGCCCUUCGCGAACGUUCCGGAGGACAUCUCCGCGGACGUCGCGGCGUGGCGGGCGAUUUACGACUCGUCGCAGCCGCAUCAGGAGAAACUCCCGGGGGCGUACUCGGAGACGACGAGCGAGUUUCAGCGGCUGCUCUUACUCCGAUGCUUGCGUCCGGAUAAGCUCCUGCCCGGGGUGAACGACUUCGUCGAGAGCACGAUGGGUCGACGGUUCAUCGAGCCUCCUCCGUUUGACCUCGCGGGGUCGUUCAAAGAGUCCACGGUGGUGACGCCGCUCUUGUUCGUGCUGUCGCCCGGGUCGGACCCGACGUCCGCGCUGUUGAAAUUCGCGGAGGAGAUGGAUAAAUCGAACGACAUCUCCGUGAUCUCCAUGGGUCAAGGUCAGGGCCCGAAGGCUGCGGUUUUGAUAGAGGAGGCGGUUCAGGUUGGGAAGUGGGUGCUGCUCCAGAACUGCCACCUCGCGCCGUCGUGGAUGCCGUCGCUCGAGAAAAUUUGCGAGGGCAUCAAACCGGAGACGACCGACGAUAAUUUCCGCCUAUGGUUGACGUCCCUUCCGUCCGCGUCGUUCCCGGUGACGAUCUUACAGAACGGCGUAAAGAUGACGAACGAGCCCCCGCGAGGGUUGCGAGCGAACAUGCGACGGUCGUUCCAGCUCGACCCGAUCGCGAACCCAGAAUUUUUCGAGACGUGCGGAAAAUCGGAGGUUUUCAAAAAGCUCUGCUUCGGCCUCGCGUUUUGCCACGGCUUCGUGCAAGAGCGGCGAAUCUUCGGUCCGAUCGGGUGGAACAUCCCGUACGGCUUCGACGACGGCGACUUGCGCAUCAGCGUCCGGCAGCUGCACAUGUACGUGAACGACAACGACGAGACCCCGUUCGCGGCGCUCAAGUACGCGACGGGCGAGUGCAACUACGGCGGGAGAGUCACCGACGACAAAGACCGGCGCUUGUUGAACACGCUUCUGAACCGCGUGUACCGCGCGGAAGCGCUGGAGCCCGAGUUUAAGCUCAGCGAAAGCGGGACGUACGUGAUCCCGGAGCCCGGGGACGUGCAGACGUACCUCGACGCGAUCGCCGCGCUGCCGAUCUUGCCGCGGCCGGAGGCGUUUGGGCUUCACGACAACGCGGACAUCACGAAGGAUUUAAAUCACACCGCGCUGCUCACGGAGACGCUCAUCAAGACCGGCGGCGGGAGUGGCGGCGGCGGCGGCGGGCAAGAACAGCUCGUCGCAAAAAUGGUGAAAGAGUGCUUAGAGCGCUUGCCCGCGAACUUUGACAUCGAAGCCGUGCAACGGAAGUUCCCGGUGAGGUACGAGCAGAGCAUGAACACCGUGCUCGCGCAAGAGAUGCUUCGGUAUAACCGUCUCCUGUCGAUCAUUCGCGGGUCGCUUCAGCAGCUCGAACGCGCGAUCGCGGGUCUGACUGUGAUGUCCGCCGAGCUCGAGACAGUGUUCAACUCGUUCGCGAUCGGUCAAGUCCCGAAGAUGUGGAUGGGGAAGUCGUUCCCGAGCCUUAAACCGCUCGCGGGGUACGUCGACGACCUCCUCGCGCGCUUGGACUUGUUCGAGAGCUGGUACAGAGACGGUCAGCCUCCGUGCUUUUGGAUCUCAGGGUUUUUCUUCACGCCGUCGUUCACGACCGCGGCGCUUCAGAACUUCGCGCGGAUCAAUAAAUACGCGAUCGACACCGUCGGUUUCGAGAUGGAGAUGCUCGGAAUGAACCACGAAGAGUACACGACCGCGCCGGAGAGUGGGAUUUACAUUUACGGUUUAUUCUUGGAAGGGUGCGGCUGGGACAAGGAGCGAAACGUCCUGACCGAGUCGCGGCCGAAAGUUUUGUUCGAGCCCGCGCCGUGCAUUUGGUUGAAGCCGCAAAAGCUGAGCGACAUCAGCGAAUACACGCACUACAGCUGUCCGGUGUAUCGCACCGCGGAACGAAGAGGCGUGUUGGCCACCACCGGACACUCGACUAACUUUUUGAUGAUGAUGAAGAUGCCGACCGCGGGGGACGAGGAAGAGCACUGGACCUUGCGCGGCGUCUGUCUGUUGUGUAGCUUAAGUUAAGAAGACGAACGAUUCAUAGUUCGUACGUAGAAGAGGAGGAGCAUUGUAAAACAAAAACGAUUGUUAAGUACGGAAGUAAAAAACAACUGUGAACUGUAUU